AUGACAAAAUCCACACCGCUAAAAUGGCUACCAGUGCUUAGUAACAUUGCUCCGCCAAAGUUACGAAGAGAACACGCACUCCUGCAAGAAUGGAAAAAGUACGCUAAUAACCUCUCCCUUCCCAUACACGCGGACCUGAUUACAUUAGAAAAUGUUCAAUGACUCAAAUCCCGAAAACCAUCGUGGAAAACAGCAAGGGAUCUCACCAGAGAUAAAUUCAAUAUAAGUUAUAAAUGGGAAAGCGACUGGACAAUAGAAAACCCAGAUAACCAAAAACUGGUGAUUAACCCAACUAUCAUACAACCAGGAUUUGAACUUAAAAGAAAUACUUGGGUAACACUAAACCGUAUCAGGACUGGCCAUGGUAGGAGUGGUCACAUUAUGUAUAAAUGGGGAAUGCGUGACACUGAAACGUGUGACUGUGGCUAUGAAUCCCAGACGAUCAAUCACAUCACCACUAUAUGUUCAAUUCGUGCAUUUCCAGGUACCAUGGAAGAUAUCCACUUGGUGAAGGAUGAAGCGGUGGAAUGGAUGAAGAACCUGGAUUUGGAGUUACCAUAUGGGAAACCUCUUGUCUAUUUUAUGUUGGUAAUGAAUUUGCAUUUCAUCAAUAUGUUUGUUUAUUUCUGA